AUGUCUACUAUCGCGCGAAUAGAUCCUUUAACAGCUACAGCAAAAGAGCUUAGUGAUCCUUUACAUAGCAAACGUAUCGACAGUGUUAAAUUAGUCAAAGUCUACCUUGAUCAGAUUGCCCAGCAAGACCAUGAUGGCUUGUGCCUCAAUGCCAUCAUAUCUACAGCUCCUAAGACUGAGACGCAGUCCCCAUAUGUUCGUGGUGGCGUAGAACCAGACGCAAAAUGGCUUAGACAUAGCACACCAUGCGGGUCAUCAUCAGGCAGCGCUGCUGGGGUCGCUGCUGGCUUUGCUCCCGUUUCCGUCGGUACAGAGACAGAUGGAUCCAUAUGUCUACCAGCUACGCGGGCUGCUUUAUACGCCAUGAAGGCUACUGUCGGCGCGAUUAACAUGACUGCUGCUCAGCCAGCAAAUCCCGAUUUUGAUAGCGCUGGCGGCUUAGCUAAAACGCCCCUCGAAUCUAGCAAUGGUGAUGGAAACGAUCGUGAAUGGAGACUUUGA